AACCUCUUAUCAAAAUAACCCUUAAAUCCCUAACCCUAAAUUUCUCUCAACUCUCACGUCUACUGCAGCCCUCCCCUCCCCCAUUCGGCCUCUCCGUCACUCCUCUGGUACAGCCGUGCGCCUCCCGCCGAUCGUCCCUCUGCUCCACGCUGUCAACGUCGUUUCUGCGUCCGCUGGUCUGCUUGCUUCUUUGCUCUUCUCCGCCGCUUCCUCUGCUCCAGUCUUGCCGUCCGGUGCUGCUCCUCGCCGCGUCCUCUGUCACUGCAGGUUUGGAUGGUUAUUUUGAAAUUGUGAUUUCAGAUGUGUGCUUUCUGAGCUUGAAGAAAUGAUGUGGGCAAGUGUAAGGCGAAAAGCUCUCUCUGGCAGCUCUACUACUUAUUUGGUUUUAGAGCAAUCAUUGCCAGGUACUUGUUUUAUGGCACCAUUAUCGCGAACUUACUCCAACCCCUUGAAGAUACUGCCAUUUGAAAGACAAUCAAACAACCUACGAAAUGUCAGUUUCCAUGGUUACCUUGGACUUCCAAUUGGUUCAAGGCCUGUAAGGGAAGAUAUUUCAUUUCACCGGGUGGCUCCCUCUGUUCCUAUGCUGAGCAGGUUCUUUUCUUCGUCUUCACCGGCAGAAGGUCAAACAAGAGUAAGAAAGCAUGUUGCAACAAGACUUCCUUUUGUUGAUGCAUUCCUGUUGAAAAUAAAGAAGAAUAAAGAUCUACUUGCUAACAAGAAAAUUUGGUCACGUAGAUCUGUUAUUUUACCAGAAUUUGUUGGUCAUACAGUACGGAUUUACAACGGAAGAACAUUCGUUCGCUGUAAGAUAACAGAAGCAAAGGUUGGUCAUAAAUUUGGAGAAUUUGCUUACACACGAAAACGAAGACUUCUGAGAGCAACUACUGCAGCAGCAGCAAAAAAGAAGGGAGCCAAGGGGAAAAAGUAGGCGGAGUGCAUACAUAGAACAAAAGAAUCUGAGUUUGCAAGGACUUCUCGAGAAUUCACGAAACUUUUGUUGUUAUCUUCAUAGUCUCUUCAGAAUUAACUCUUCGAAAGGUGAUUUGACUAACUUUGCCUUUCAUUAUCUUGAAAAUUGUUGAACUGGUUUUUUGUGAUUGUAACUGAUAAUAAAGAUGUAAUUCUUUUUUGUAGUUGGACCUACAAGGUGUAAAUCAUUGUGAUUGGAAAUUGUGGGCACUUGCUAGCCAUAGUUGGGAAUUGAUGUAUUGGUUUAUGAUCAGCAAUAUCAAUUUAUAUUAUAUGGUUGAUGUUCU